AUGGCGGACCAUUUGUCUCCGCCAUGGUCUCACGUGUGUCACGUCCUCCAAUCACUCGAGCAGCGUCGGGCGAACUGCGUCGUCACCGUCGAUGACGAUAGCGGUGCGACGCUAACCGGGUCGCAAUUAGUCGCUGACGUCGCAUGCCUGGCCAGAGGGCUGGAGACUCUCUGCGACGUUGCGCUGGGGGAGCGAGUGUGCAUCGCAGCGCUUAACAGCUCGGCAUACGUGCAGUGGCUACUCGCAGUGCCAGCUGUGGGCGCCAUUCUUGCGCCUCUCAACCACCGAUGGAGCAUAGGGGAAGCAGCAGCGGCGGUGCAGCAGGUGGGGGCGACGGUGCUGGUGGUGGAUGCACACAUGCUGCCCUGGUGGGGCCACCUCCAGCCGCUCUGCCCCUCCCUGCGACUGGGGGUUCUUAUCUUGGACGGGCCCAUUGACCCCACUGCCUCCUCUCCCUCCUCUGCUUCGUCCCCCGCGCUGCUCUCAAUGCAACAAGUCCUUCGAGCCGGCCGAAAGGAAAUUACAGAAGCUGAGCAACGCACAUCCAACUCCUCCUUGUUCACCGAUCAAGCCUCCUCCUCACCCUCCUCUCCUUCUCACUCUCUUGGCCCCUCCCCCCUUCCCGCCCCCUCCUUCCUCCACCACAUACCUCUCCAAUUCGCCCCUCACCGCAUUGCACUCCUCUGUUUCACCUCGGGCACCACCGGCACCCCCAAGGCGGCUGCUCUCUCCCACACGGCGCUCAUCUCGCAGUCACUGGCCAAGCUGGCGUGUGCGGGGUACCGCCAUGACGAUAUCUUCCUGCACGUGGCCCCUCUGUGUCACAUUGGCGGCAUAUCCUCGCUCCUCGCCAUGCUCACAGCAUGUGCUCGCAACGUCCUCGUGCCGCGCUUCCUCCCCGCCCACCUCCCGCGCCUCCUCUCCCGCCAUCGCAUUACCGCCCUCAUCGCCGUCCCUGCCAUGCUCACUGACCUUCUGAAUGCGUGCAGUGGCGAGCAAAGCACGUCCUUCCCGCUCGUGCGAACGCUGCUGGUGGGGGGAGGCGCAUUGAGCCAGUCGCUGCAGCGGCACACAGAGGCACUAUUCCCAUGCGCGCGCCUCAUGCUCGCUUAUGGCAUGACCGAAGCAGCCUCCUCUAUCACGUUUGCCAUGCUACGGGACCCUGCAGAGGCAGACUCGGCUGGGGCAGAGAGAGCAGGGGCAGAGACAGGAGCACCAUCAGCACCAUCAGCACCAUCAGCACCAACAGUAUCAGCACCAGUAGCAUCAGCAUCAGCGUGCUGUGUGGGCUUCCCUGCUCCACACGUACAAGUCUGUAUCAUGCCCCUACCUCCUGAUGACCCACACUCUCCUCUUCCUCCUCCCCCUCCUCACUCAACCCUGGCCCCUCCUGGCCCGCACUCAACCCUCCCCCCUCAACACUCGCACUCCCCUCUCGAUCAACCCUCACCUAAUCCCAGCCAGCCUUCAGCUCACAAGCCUUGUCCUGUAGUGGGGGAGGUGCUAACCCGCGGCCCGCACGUGAUGAGUGGCUACUGGUGCAGGCCGGACGAAACCGCUGCAGUGCUCUCCCAAGACGGCUGGCUGCGCACAGGGGACAUGGGCUGGAUCGACUUUUCCGGGCAGCUUUGGCUGCUGGGCAGGCGAAAAGAAAUGAUCAAGUCGGGCGGGGAGAAUGUUUUCUGUGCAGAGGUGGAGGAGGCAGUGAGAGCACACCCUGGAGUGGCGGCAGCAGCAGCGGCAGGCGUGCCGGAUGAUCGAAUGGGGGAGACGGUUGCUGUUCUGCUGCAGCUGAAACCGGGAUGGGUGUGGUCGGGGGACAGCAGUAGUGAGAGUGGCGGUGGUGGCAGUGGUGGUGGUGCUGUUGCUGCUGGUGGCAGUGGUGGUGCAGGUGCAGCAAGGGCAGCUACUGCUGAGUGCAUGUCAUUGAGUGACUUGCAAGCUGCGUGCCAGCAACACGGCCUCUCCAGGUACAAGCUCCCUCGAGUGGUUGUGGCGUUGCCGGAAGGACAGUCAUUGCCUGUGACUGCUCUGGGAAAGCUGCAGCAGCGCAAGGCGGAGUGGGCGCGGGUGCGGGGGGUGGCGGAGAGGGGCGCGGUGGUGCGCGGGCGGGUGGUCUCCGCCAAUGCGGGGGGGCUUAUGGUGCGCCUGGGCCCUCUUCAAGCCUUCCUUCCGCUCUCCCAGCUCGACCCGUCGCGUCUCAGAGGCACGGCCACGUCACCGGCCCCCAAUGUAGCAGACGUGACUCGAGCCCUUGUGGGAACCAUGGUGGGGGUGAGAGUCCUAGAGCUGGACGAAGCCCGAACGCGCCUGGUGGUGUCGGAGAAGCGGGCAGCAGCAGCGCGGGGGCUGCCGCGCGUGCAGCAGGGGCGCGUGUACCCGGGGGUCGUUUCCUCCCUCACUGACUUUGGCGCCUUUGUGGACCUCUUCCAACCGGAAGGGGACAAAGAAGAGGGAGACAAGGAGGGGGACAAGGCGGAGGGGGGCAAGGAGGGGGAGAAGGAGGGUUUAUUUCUGGCGACGGGGCUGGUGCAUGUGUCAGAGCUCUCCUGGGACCCCGUGCGCUCGCCUGCUGAUGUGGUUGCCGUGGGGGAUGCAGUCAACGCCUUGGUGCUGCAGGUGGAGCGGGAGAGGGAGCGAGUGGGUUUGUCGCUGAAGCAGGUGCAGGCAGAUCCCCUCCUCGAGACGCUAGACCGCCUGCUGCCCUUCCAACCCGCCCCAGAUGCCACCUCCCCUUCUGCCUCCGCCCUUGAGGUCUGA